AACAGCUGGCGCAGCUGCAGCGCUGCGCAAGGGGACUGGCAAGUACGCAGUCCAGGUACUGCCCCUUCUCGGUGACGUCUGUGCAGCAGUUUAUAAAAGCCUGGUGCGCAGCUUGCUGAGGUUCUGCUAACUCCGGAGCUGAGCAGGACCCCGAGCUGAGGGCCGCCUGCGAAACUGCGGGCAGCGGCGGGGCGGCAGCGAAAGCGAAGGAAAAAUCUCCAGCUAGACACUGGGCACCCGAAUCCUGGCCACAGACUCAGAACUUUCACAGGUCGCACCGUGGCGCUCCCUCCCCGCCCCUUUUGCUCUCAAGUCCCGGCUCAGCACAGGGCUUUGCCUUUCCCGCCGCAGGAAGGGAAAAUAGUUGUAAGCAGCAGGUGCAGAAAGACGGGGGUCUCCUGCUUCCUAGAACCGUGACUGGAGGAAUUUUUUCCCUCUUCCAGUUUAAAGAAACGCUGUCUCCAGAUUUCUGAACUCAAAUGCUUCCUGAAGCUUGCAAGCAGAGGAAUUCAGAGGCACCAGGGGCAGGCAGACAGCACAUCUAGAAGCGUUUUUCUUCUGAGCACCGAGCCCUGCUUGCAAAAAAAAAAAAAAGUCCUGCCAAGAAAAAACAUUUUGCCCUCUUGUCUGACUUAAACUGGACUCUGAGCCCCAGUCGCCUGCCAGAGGACUUACUGCAAAAGGGGUGUGUGUGCAGAGAGGACUUUACAGCCUAGCUGCGAAAUGGACAACGUCCUUCCGAUGGCCUCAGACCUCUUCCCAAACAUCUCCACUAAUACCUCAGAGCCCAACCAGUUCGUGCAGCCAGCGUGGCAAAUUGUCCUUUGGGCAACUGCCUACACGGUCAUCGUGGUGACCUCCGUGGUGGGCAACGUAGUGGUGAUGUGGAUCAUUUUAGCCCACAAGAGAAUGAGGACAGUCACCAACUAUUUCCUGGUGAACUUGGCCUUUGCCGAGGCCUCCAUGGCUGCAUUCAAUACCGUGGUGAACUUCACCUAUGCUGUGCACAACGAGUGGUACUACGGCCUGUUCUACUGCAAGUUCCACAACUUCUUCCCCAUUGCUGCUGUCUUCGCCAGUAUCUACUCCAUGACCGCUGUGGCCUUUGAUAGGUACAUGGCCAUCAUUCAUCCCCUCCAGCCCCGGCUGUCGGCCAUGGCCACCAAAGUAGUCAUCUGCGUCAUCUGGGUCCUGGCUCUCCUGCUGGCCUUCCCCCAGGGCUACUACUCAACAACAGAAACCAUGCCCAGCAGAGUCGUGUGCAUGAUCGAGUGGCCAGAGCAUCCCAACAAGAUUUACGAGAAAGUGUACCACAUCUGUGUGACUGUGCUCAUCUACUUCCUCCCCCUGCUGGUGAUCGGCUAUGCAUACACGGUGGUGGGAAUCACGCUCUGGGCCAGUGAGAUCCCUGGAGACUCCUCCGACCGAUACCAUGAGCAAGUCUCUGCCAAGCGCAAGGUGGUCAAAAUGAUGAUCGUUGUGGUCUGCACCUUUGCCAUCUGCUGGCUGCCCUUCCACAUCUUCUUCCUGCUGCCCUACAUUAAUCCCGAUCUCUACCUGAAGAAGUUUAUCCAGCAGGUCUACUUGGCCAUCAUGUGGCUGGCCAUGAGCUCCACCAUGUACAACCCCAUCAUCUACUGCUGCCUCAAUGACAGGUUCCGUCUGGGCUUCAAGCACGCCUUCAGGUGCUGCCCCUUCAUCAGCGCUGGUGACUAUGAGGGGCUGGAGAUGAAGUCUACCCGGUACCUCCAGACCCAGGGCAGCGUGUAUAAAGUCAGCCGCCUGGAGACCACCAUCUCCACAGUAGCAGGGACCCACGAGGAGGAGCCAGAGGACGGCCCCAAGGCCACACCCUCAUCCCUAGACCUGACCUCCAAUGGCUCCUCUCGCAGCAACUCCAAGACCAUGACAGAGAGCUUCAGCUUCUCCUCCAACGUGCUGUCAUCCUAGGCCACAGGACCUUCAGCAGGGGCAGCACCCCAUCUUUGUCCUGCUUCACUUCAUGCAUAGAUAUUUCCAUCAGAAGCACCCUAACAUUCAGGCUGGUAGAAAGGAUCAGAAUGGGUUAGGGAAAGCAUUCCAUCCUUGAGUCUGAAAAUCUGGCUUCUUGCCUGUCUUCACCACCUCCAUGUUAUGCCACUCAAAGCAAAUCAUUAAACUUUGCUGAACCUAUAAAAUGAAGAGGUUGGACUAGAUUUUCCCUAAAGCCCAUUCCAUGAUUCUAGAAGGGACUUUGCUAAAUGUGGGCACUCAUUUCAGGAUGAAUUCUGCCACACGGCCACAGACCCAAUGGACCCCUUUGCCUGGAGCCCUGCAAGUAGUGUUCUCAGUGACACUCCGAGGAGCUCCCUGCAGCUCAGCUCACUCCAGCCUUCACCUGACAGCAUAAACAAAAGAGGGCUGCACAUAAAAUCCGAAGGAAAGGUUUAACCCUGUCUUCUAAACAUCCCUCAAAAGAAGACAUCCAUCUGCCCCUUUCUGACAUCUUAGUACUUCAGUAUCUUAAACACCGUGGGAUUGAGAACCUCCCCCCAGGUUCCCCUAUGCUGUGUCCCCAGUGAUGUCCUGAGCAACUGAGGCAGGUGGAAUAUGUCCACUGGUUCCUGCUAAUGUGUGUUACAGACUGAAAAUCAGGAGACUUUUGCCAUACUCAAUCUGUCUGAGCCUCUGUCCUUAUUUGUAAACAGUGAGACUGAGCUAGAUCAUCAAAGUGUCCCUUGGAAUAUUAACAUCCCGUGGUUCAAUGCUUUUAUGAGUGUUUUGUUUGUUCCACAAAAAAAAAAAAAAAAAAUGGUGGUCUCAGAAGGAACAGGAGCAGUAAGUUUUAUGGCUAAACCCCAGCUCCUGGAGAUGUAGCAACUGCUAAGACCACGUGUAACUAUCCAUCUCAGAUAUUACCCAGUUUAUCCUAUAACUCUGAGUACAUUCCUUCUUCUGGAAGGUUUUGGCUAUUGACAAAACCGAGGACUUCGUGCCAAAGCCUGCACCUCUCCACCCAGCUGUAGCUGGCUGAACUACACAGCUGGAGAACCCUGUCAAGGAAGACCAGCUUGGGGGCUUCCUGCUCUGGCCUUUUGGGUGUUUUUAGGGCAGGGGUCCUAACCAAGAUUCCUACCUUUAUGCUAGCAUAAGGCAUGUGCUCAGACAUGAAAAGAGCAAGAAUGCCACACCUUGCAGCUGCACUUCCGUGAAGAGGACCCCUUGCUUCUUCCCUUCAUGCUCCAUGGCUCUGCUGGCCUCCUGUCCAUAGUGUAGAAUGACUUACAAACCCUAAAGGACAGGGAGUCUGAUGAGAGUCACUAACUGAAUGCUUUCUGACCUAACAGCUUUGGAGUAUCCAGACAGUGAGCACGCAGUUUCCUUCUGUCUCUCAGAUCUGUGCUUUGUCCAGAUGUGGCCGGGAGGAGAAGCUCCGUGUAAUAUCUAUCAAUGUCCUCCUCACAGCGCCAAUAAUGGUGCACAUGUGCUGUACCCAUAGUGUCAAGGGGAGAACAAGGCUACCCACAGGGUUUGCAGCCUUUCUGAGCCCUGCUGGCUCUAAUUCUACUAGGCCUAAGGGAGGGAGCAAUAGGAUAGAUAAGCCAGAAAACCCCAAGAACCAUAUUCUGCAAAGUAGCAUGAAAAGUAUUAAUUAAAUUAAGGAAAUCCAGCUCACUGCAGAUAUAUACAUAGAAGACAAAAGUAAGGGCAGCAGAAGUGCAUGUCCACGGCAUUAAUCAUACUGCAGUAGAGAAGCUUGCCGUGUAUGGAUUGCUCACUUCAGAAGGAGGUAAAAAACUGACGUGAUUAUGAGAAGUACCCUGGAGCUGGGACCAUCCCACCUGUGGAAACAAAGGUUAGAGUUGAAUUCAACAAGGCUUUAUUGAGCACCUGCUUUGGACUUCACCCUGAGCUGGGGACACAGCUUCUUCAGCUCUAAGGAGCCCGUCUUGUUUGCUGUUUGCAGUAGAUCAGCUGCUCAGAAAACAUGGAGGCAUCUGAGGAGCAGACUCUCCACAGGAUUCUAGAAACCCACACUCAACACAGGUUAUCAAGCCAAAGUCUGGGACCUCUGGAGAGCCUUUGUAGUGAAAGUGCUCUGAGAUAAGUCCACAGGGAGCCACCUGGGGACUGCAGUGUGCACGGCAUCAUCACUGUGCAGAAGACGAGGGGAUGUGGGAUGGUCUGGGGAAGUUUCCAAUAUGGCAAAUCAUCCCCUCUGCAAGUGCCAGCAAGCCUUCCUCUGACUCACUUCCCAAUGUCCCUUUGACUUAUAAAAAUGUUACCAGCUCCCCUGUGUGAGGAACACUGUGAUUUGCACUCUGCAUGGGUCUCGUUCUUACUAUAGAAAUGUGCCACCCCAUGUUUAUCUCCUACAUGUGUUUCCUGGUGUACUGUCCAGUAGCGAUAGAAUACAAGACAGCAGGGAGGUGUCCUUGUUAUGUUACUUCCAAAACGUAGGAUCCAAUUGCUGUCACUGUGAUAUUUGUGUUGUGCCAAUCUUCUCCACCUUCUCAUCCUCCGCCUCCUCCUCCUUUCUCAGGGAGGAGCUCUGAUGCGUAUCAUGUACUCACAGUCCAUAGACCACAGCCAUUGGAGUGUAAUGAGGGGGGCCUGUAUGGAAGGAACUGGAGAAUGAGUUAUCCACCUUACUCCUCUCCCCCCAGAAUGCAGAGACAUAGGACUGUGUGGCAUCCUGGAGAAAGGGUAUUCAGGAGCUGAUCUCAUUGGUCUGAUUUCAGGGAAGUCGGGUAUAAGUGGAGAGGGGCCAUUCCAGAAGUUUCUGUGCUUUAUAGCCUGGGAUCCUGGAAAGAAUCUCUAUAUAGAAAUAAAGUAUGUAUUUGACUGUCUCAUACCUCUGUCCUUUCUCUAGGGAACCUAGACACCCCAUAGGAGUCUUAAUGGGAUGGCACUAGGAACCCGAAUAACUUGCAUAGCUAGAAGGGUGAACACAGCACUCACCAAACUCCUAACUGUGAUGAAAUGGGUUGGUGAGAUGUGGGAACUAUUUCUAGGCUGAGAUCUGGGAAAGUAAAGCGGGACUGUGUGUAGUGACCAACAAUGUCGCCGGGGAAUAGAGAGUGUUAUCAGUUCAGGCCAUCUAGGGUGCAGAUGCCAUGACAAAGUCACAACUGCAAGGGCUUUAUUGGGGUGGAAGGCACCUGAGAAAGAUAAAGGGAUAAAGUGGAGAAGAAGCAGAAGCACCCAGGGAAAUCCUGCAGACCACAUGACACAUCAGACCAUAUGACACCUGUAAAUGAAAGAGUUGGGGAAAGCAACAGGAAGAGCCUCAUUCUGCAGCACAGCUCCCUGGCCGCCCAACAGCACACAGAGGCUGUCCAGAGAGAAGCCCCACACUGCCAGAAAUGGCCACGCCUGCUACUGGCUGGAGCUCUCUGCAGAGAGUGCUCGAACACCCUGCAGCUGGAGCUGUCAGCUGACUGCACACUCCACCACCAUUCUCCCUCUAAGGGAGAUCUGAGCCAGGCACCUCCACCACCAGAGCUCUGGCCCAGCCCCUUAAGUGUGAAGGUACAUGUCAUGAAACCCAAGGCAGGAUUUGAAAUGACAGUGGUAACCACUGUGAGCCCUAGAAACCUGUCCCCUAGCUUUUGGGCCACCUCCACCAUCUCUGCCCUUAGGCAGUUCCAUCAAAAUAGGAGUAGCUGUUAGUAGACUUACAGUGGCAAAGAUUGUAAAGGCAAUGAAGGGGGAGUUUUGAGGAGAACAGGGCAGCCAUCCACCAUCAUUAGCAUCAGAAACAAGAGAUGUUUUCUAUUUCAACGGAGGCAUUUUCAACAGGGAAACAUGGAUAAGCCCCAAGGAAUCCACAAGUCCCCUUUGAGAUCCCCACAAAUCAUAUGUAAUACAUUGUGUGUAUAUUUAAUUAAGCGCAAAUAAGAGAUUCUUUUGAAUCUCCUCAAAAGAAAAUAUUCACCACCCCCUGCUCUCUAGAAGGAGGAGAGAAGUUAAAUUGUUUAUAAAAGAGGGGUGAGGAGCCUUUAGACCUUUAGAUCGUCAGAGCAUAGUGAGAUGCAGAUGAACCACAGUGGCUGCCGGGAAACCAGAAAAGCUUUAGAAUAAAAUUAUAAUUCACCUCAGGUCCCCAGAUGAGAUAAAGCUGCAGGAUGUCAUUAAAAAUGUUUGUGGCAGUGAAGUCACCAUAUUCACAAUGAAGGGUUCUGCUCACUCUUCUCCAAAGAAAGACGAGGAUUUGUGAGCUAAGGAAAGACUUAGCCUAUGCCUCAGUUGUUAAGUCAAGAAAUAA